AUGUCCAUUUACAUAAGAUCAUCCUAAGAUAAAUAGCAAUAGAUAUGGAAACAAGCGGAGACAGUACAAAAUGUGCGUGUGACUCCGGUCCCACGCUGGCCGUGCUUGACGAAGUACACCGGGCAUAUGAAGAGAGGCUGGACUUUAUUAGUUCGACGAGCGGGUCGAAUAAAUUGCAAAAACAAGUCCAGUUAUUAAAAUCUUGGGUCAGCGAUCUAGUGGAACAGAACAAAUUACUCGCGAGGACAGUGGAAGAUUUGGAGAUCGACCUCACAACACGGCUGCUCAGUGAACGAAGGAAAUAUACUGAAAUGGUGUCGGAAUUACGCGCGGAAGUGACGUCACUGCGCCGCCGCUUGGCGCGAAAAGAUUCUGAUUUGCGCGGGCUGCUCGAAGUGUUGCGGCGCCUGCGCGAGUUCGACCAUUGCGCGAUUGACAGCAUACAUUUCAAUGAAGUCACGCAGUCUGAUAUAUUUGGACCGGUUGCUUGGAAUCCAACAAUGGAUCAAGGCGACACAAAUAAGACAAAACACAAGGGGAAAAAUAAAUUAAAUAAAGUCCAUAAUUUGUGAUCGUGUUUUUAUAUUUAUUUUUUGAUUUUUAUACAUUAUUCAAUAUACUUAUACACUAUUUAUUAUUUUGUGUUUUAUUAAGCGGGCUACUCACACACCUGCCGCAGGGACAAUCUCGGUUGUACCUACGCACGGCGGUCGCAGCAAUUUCAGCUGUCACACAUCACAAUUUGUGAGCUGAAUUCCAAUAUUGUUCCUGCUGCAAGUAUGUGAGUAGCCUGCUUUAAUAUACUAGCUGUGCUAGUGUUACUAUUUUUAAGUGAAAGAACACUGAAAGUCCCGACAA